UUGGAAAUAUAUAUUGAGCAGUCAUUAGGCAAUAAACACACGUUUCCUCUUCACUGUGUUCUUCAAUCUUUACUCUCUGAAUUCCUCCGUCUAAGCAGCUUCUCAGCUUUCUCUGCUCCAUUGAAGCUGCUUCAUAGGUUUUCAAGCAAACCCUAAAUUUUCGACGACCAUUUGCGAUGGCGGACAAUCAAGGCAAUCUGGAAGCACAGAUAGAUGCAUUAUUGAAUGUCGAAAAGCAAAUGAGGCUUGCUGGAGAUGUUGCUGGAACUAGAAAAGCUGCGUGUGACAUUCUGCAGUUAUGCUUUGAAGCUAAAGCCUGGAAAACCUUGAAUGAUCAGAUUGUUGUUCUGUCAAAGCGCAGAGGUCAACUCAAACAGGCUGUGACAGGAAUGGUGCAGCAAGCCAUGGGUUACAUUGAUCAAACACCUGAUCUUGAUACUCGUAUAGAGCUCAUUAAAACACUGAAUAGUGUAUCUGCUGGGAAGAUAUACGUUGAAAUAGAAAGGGCACGUUUGAUCAAGACCCUUGCUAAGAUUAAGGAAGAACAAGGGCUUAUCGAUGAAGCUGCUGAAUUGAUGCAAGAGAUAGCGGUUGAAACCUUUGGUGCAAUGGCAAAAACUGAAAAGAUUGCUUUUAUUCUUGAGCAAGUUCGCCUUUGUUUAGACCGUAAAGACUUUGUUCGGGCUCAAAUCCUAUCCAGGAAAAUCAGUCCCAGAGUUUUUGAUAUUGAUCCUUCAAAAGAAAAGAAGAAACCUAAGGAAGGUGAUGCCAUUGUAGAAGAGGCCCCUGCUAAUAUUCCAACAUUGCCAGAAUUGAAGCGUAUUUAUUACGAAUUGAUGAUUCAAUACUACAAGCACCACAAUGACUACCUUGAAAUAUGUCGAUGUUACAAGGCUAUCUAUGAGAUCCCAUCUGUCAAGGAAGAGCCUGAGCAGUGGACUCCGAUUUUGAGGAAAAUUUGCUGGUAUCUGGCUCUUGCCCCACAUGAUCCAAUGCAGUCAAGCCUUCUAAACUCUACUCUGGAGGAUAAGAACCUUUUUGAAAUCCCCAAGUUCAGGUCACUAUUGAAACAGCUCGUGACAAUGGAGGUUGUCCUUUGGACCAGUCUUUGGAAUGAAUUUGAGGGCGAAUUUGAGAAUGAGAAGAAUUUGCUUGGAGGCUCUUUAGGCGACAAAGCUGCUGAAGAUCUUAAACAAAGGGUCAUUGAACAUAACAUACUUGUUAUUUCAAAGUACUACUCAAGGAUCACCUUGAAGAGACUGGCAGACUUAUUAUGCCUUAGUAUUAAGGAAACGGAGAAGCAUCUAUCUGAUAUGGUUGUAUCUAAGGCUUUGGUGGCAAAGGUAGACAGGCCAAUGGGGGUCGUAUGUUUCCAGGUAGUUAAGGACAGCAAUGAUAUUCUCAAUUCAUGGUCAAUGAACUUGGAGAAGCUGCUUGACCUUGUUGAGAAGAGUUGCCAUCAAAUACACAAGGAGACAAUGGUUCACAAAGCUGCUCUUAAAGCUUGAAUGAGAGAAUGACCGUGUAUGUUCAUUCCAGGUUUAAUCACUAGGGUUGUGAAGAAAUAGCCGCUUCUUUGUAAUGCUUUUGAUCCUUCUUUGCUCUCUCAGUGAUAUAGCUGUUCUGCAUACUUAAAAGGGUACAUGUUUAGGCGGCUAUUAGCUCUGGGAUUCAUGAGCCUGAUGCUGUCAGGUCGAGUAGCAUGUAUCGUGUGACUUCCAACUUGUCUAAUAUUCAUUGUCUACGAACAUCCAGGACAAGGAGAAUAGAUGUACUUCAAUCUCAUGGAAUUUGAUCAGCUAUUGUUUGUUUGUUUAUUUAUGAUAUUUCGGUGACAAGUAAUUAAAUUUCUUUUUACAGCUUUUUAAUUGCAAAAACAAUAUGCAACAAAAUAUCAUUCAGAUUUAUGCUC